AUGGCUCGGGUUUCUGUAAGCAACGAGUUUUUCAGGCAAAAAGCUAGACGGCAGCUGAUGCACGAAGAAGAGGAUCCAAGAGAGUUGGAAUUGCAAAAACUCAAGGCCAAAGUGGAGCAAAUGGAAGCAACCAUACAUCAGUCAGAGAAACGCAAUGAUUUGCUCACUCAAGAAAUGGAAGCUUUGCGAGAGGAGUUUUCAGCUAAGCCUGAAGAUUCGGUGAUGUCCAAGAAGUUGGAAGAAGCCGAGAAUGCGUUUCUUCAGAAGUGUGAAGAAAUGGCAUCCACGAUCAACCAGCUUAGGAAAGACGCCAACCUUCCAUUAAGUGAAAAAUUGUCCAAUUUUGUGAACACGCCACAACCUCCAAAACAGACUGAGUCUUUGGGUAUUCCAUGGGGAGCUCCUAACACGAGGCCUUGGAGUUCAGAGCUGGAGUCAACUGCACUUUCUAUUAAAGAAAGCCUGCUACGGAAACGCCUUGCUCCAGAGUUGGGCACCAAGAUCACGAUUUAUGACGACCAAAAAGAUAAAGCAGAUGGUAAAGAUCACGAUUACCUGUUUGAGAUGUUAGAUGAUAAGUUGACGUCGCCACUCGCCAAAAACAGUUCGCCCACUCGCGCCAACAAUAACAUUAGCAAUAUUGAAAACGUUCCUGAUUUGGGUGCACCUUAUGUUCGUACGCGAAGCAAGUCUCCUCCAAAGGAAAUGAAGAAGGAGCCUGUUAGGAAGACGAGGCGGCGUACUAGAAGAGCACCAUUGUCCAAUAUAACAAGCAGAGGCAACGCUGACGACGAGACGGACGACGACGAUGCCGUAUUUGAUUUUGUGGAGCUGGACGACCUCGUCCACCAGCCGGCUAGAAGGUCCAAGCGCAAAAGAGCUGUCUAG